UCUUUUAUAUAUGUCUUUUCUUUAUAUAUCACACGAUGAUAACAACAUUGAUUAGUUAAUAAACAACAUCAAAUUCGCUCCAAACUUUACUGUAACAAGACGUAUAGAUGACAUGGCAGCCAAUAAUUUAGAAAAAUGUCGCAAAAUUGUCGGUGCUGGAGUCAAUUAUUGGAACUUUGUUCAACAAACGGGCGGAAAAGCACCUGUCCAACCCGUAAUUUUCCUCAAACCGACCUCAUCUCUCGUUACUGCCACGAAUGACCUUGCCAAGGACGUUGUAUUGAUCCCAAAAAUCUUCCAAAAUAUCAACUUUGAAGCGGAAUUGGGAAUUGUCAUUGGCAAAUCUGGCAAGAACAUCCCAAAAGAGAAGGCAUUCGAUCACAUUUCCGGAUAUUGUCUCUCUUUGGACAUGACGGGAAUGGAAUUUAUCACAAAAGCACGCGAAAAUUGCUUGCCAUGGGCUCUUGGAAAGGCAUUUGACACUGCAACACCCGUAAGUGCCGUGCUACCAAAAGAUGCAUUUAAUCCGAAUGACGUAAAAGUUUGGAGCAAAAUUAAUGGUGUCACAAAACAAGAAGAAUCCACGAAGGGGAUGAUAUUUUCUAUACCCGAAUUGGUUGAAUUUAUCUCGUCGUACAUGAGUUUGGAAGAAAACGACUUGAUUUUGACGGGAACUCCCGCAGGUGCGGGAAAAGUUGAGGAAAAUGACGUCAUUGAGUGUGGUUUGGGCGACGUAGUUUCCAUGAAAUUUGUCGUAAAACGCGAAAAUUGAUUGAAAAAUAAUCAAAAAUUUUAUUAUUGGAGUUGUUUGUUGCUGUUUGUUGAACAAAAAGUGAAAAUAAAUAUUUGUAUGGACAAAGUUA